AUGCGAAUCCCCCCCGCGCCAGUCAUCCCUUCUGCCGUGGAUUCCGUAGACGAGCCAUCCGACGGGCAGAUGGUCAACCCCACGGAGUACCCUCCGGUCCCAGCAUUAGUGGCGUGCUCGGUUUGCGCCUCAUCGACCCACCCGAAUGCGAACUGCCCCUUAUCAACCCCAUACGGCCAGGGUGACGACCCAACCUACAACGCCGAACCCCCGCCCGACCUCGCCCACCCCGACGCGACGUGCGAGGAACCCUGGCUGGGGGAGUCUUGUCAGUGCUGUGAUUCGGCGCAGGGGGUCCCGGCCAACUACCCGGCGCGGUCCCAGGGCAUCGUCUGCUAUCAGUGCCAUCAGUGGGGACACCGGACCCUGACCUGCCCCCUCACACGGUGUUACAACUGUGGUGCCUACGGCCACAGCUCACAGAUCUGUUACAGCAAAACCCACUGCUUCCACUGCUCCGACCCCGGGCACCGCGCGGCGGAAUGCCCGAUCAAGUACAAAGGCCGCAUCUGCUACCAAUGCAAGGAGCCGGGUCAUCAGGCCGCGAAUUGCCCUCAAGGUCACCUGUGCAAGACUUGCCACCUCCCCGGACACAUCUUCACACACUGCCCAGAAGCGAUUUGUAAGUACUGCCGCGAGAAGGGGCAUACCGUGGGGGCAUGCACCAAGCUGCACUGCCCACAGUGUGGAACUACCCACCCAGAUGGGAAGUGCCAGAACACUCAGUUCGUUUCGGAUUCUUCGUAUAUUUAUGAAGAUGCAGAGAACAAGGAAAUGCUAGCUACGACUCCACCCACUGCAAACGAAGAUGUCAUUUCCAACCAUCAAGACAACAACCACAUCUCACCCGAAAGUACCUCGGUGAAGGUGGUGCCCAUGUAUAAACCAAUGUACGCCAUGCAAAACAAUAAGCAAGUCCUGGUAAUCAUUGAUGGCCCUUACUUUGAUCAUUGUUUGAGGUACCAUUAUAUUGAACCACGGACAUCGGACUACUACGUGCAUAUUGUUGAGAUACUGCGCUGCACACUGGAGUAUAUCGGUGCUAUUUUCGAUAUGAAUCCCAUUGCAUACUGGUUUGAUAUCGAUCCUGUUGUAUUUGAACAUUUUAUUGAAGCUGAUCUCCCUCCGGCAAAAAGAGAGGCAACAUUUAAGGAGAUUGAAAAUCGAAAACGUUUUCUGAUAUCGGAGAUGAACAGGGACAAGUUGUUACCAAAUGUCGUGCCGCGACUGGUGGGUAAUAUGAAAAGGCAAAGGGCUUAUACUGAAGAUGGGUCCAACUUUGUAUGGGCAGAAACUGGAUUAAGUGUUGCCAUUGCAAUCCACCUCAUCGAAGCAUCUCAAAAUCACAAAAUGUGCCAACAAAUAGUUCUAUUGUGUGAAGAAUCGGAUGUGUAUCCUGCAGUAAAUCACUGUAAUAUACGACAAUCUAUCUCGAAAGAACACCAAGACUGUUCUCCAGUUCGAAUGUGUGGUAUCUCGGUCUCAAACCCAAAGAUCUACGGACAGCAACCAAACCCAUCGGACUUUUUGCCAAGAAUUCUCCUUGACAAGUCACAACACAAUGAGAAUGGUAUCAUCUAUGAAUUUCCUGCCUACAAAGCCUUCUGUGGGAUGUAA